AAAGGCACCAAGGCUCCUCAGGCUGCAGGAAAAAUCCACACGGACUUCGAGAAGGGCUUCAUCAUGGCUGAGGUGAUGAAGUUCAGCGACUUUAAAGAGGAAGGGAGCGAAACUGCAGUCAAGUCUGCUGGGAAAUACAGACAGCAGGGAAGGAACUACAUCGUGGAGGACGGUGACAUUAUCUUUUUCAAAUUUAACACACCGAACGCACCUAAGAAGAAAUAACGGGCUCUUGCUGUCACCGCAUGAAUCGCUCGGAGUACAGUUUGAUUAAAAAGAGCUGCACUGUCUGCUGGUUUUCAUACACUUCUUUAAUUUAAAGAGCAAACUUCUUUGGACUUCUUUUCGUUUGAUCACAGUCAAAUAUUUGGGACGCUGCUCAACUGUCCGUGCUGUCAAGAAACAGACAUGCAGCAAAGUGGGGAAAUGUACGGAACACUGAUGGCAUGUUUUUAAGAUGAAACAAAUUCAUUUUAUGAGGUUUUCAUGAUUGUAUUUGAAAGUUAAAACCUCAUGAAUAGAUGUUUGAGGUUUUUUUUUACAUAAACAUGUUUACUUUUUAUUAGUUACGGUGUCAGACAUCCUAAAGGCAGGUGUAUUAUUGGUGCUUAAACCAGUAGGAGACAUUUUGCUACAGGUUUCCUCUUUAUUACUAUAGUUUCUACUACUAUAUAAAGACAUGGUUUGUUCUAAAAGAGUCUAAAUAAGUUCUUAUUAAAGUGGAAUGAAAGCUAUCACUCAGUGUAGAGCUCAGCUGGGAGCUUGACUUGAAACUAAGGCUGGCCUUCCUGACAGAAUUUGUUAUUUUAGGAGCUUUUAUUGGCUUUCAUUUAGAAUAGAAAUAACCUUUAUUGUCCCUCAGUGGGGAAAUUCAGGCGUAUCAGCAGCAAAGUGACAGGCAAAUGGAAGAAUGCAGAUUCACACAAAGCUAAAAAUAUUAAAACAUGAGUAAGACUGUGCAGUGAGGGCAAAUUUACAGCAUAAGAAAAAUUACUGUGCGUUUUUUUAAAUGACAUACUCCGAUUCAAAGAAAUGUGCAACUGAGUAAGAUAGUUAAAGGAAUGUACAAAAGUGCAUGUGUAUUUUUGCAAAGAAAAGGUUAAACAAGACUACGAAAAAUGGAAAAUCUGCAAGUGACAGCAGGAUGUAAACAUGUAUUGUUUGUUGUGAGCGGUGAUUUAGUUUAAGAGAAAAAAAGGACUUUGUUUUAAACUUCAUCCUGCACCAUAACAAUGAUUUGAUGUGGAUCAGCUGUAAAAUAGUUUCAGCUCGUGCACCCACCUACCAGUACUCACCAUCUCAUCAGACAGCCGGGUCAUUGGGAUCAAAGUGUUUUAAAUGAAAGGAGAAAAGAUUCAAUGUUACCAUCAAAGAUGCAAAUGUCAUUAAAACAAGAAAAGAAAAAA